UGGCGACGGCGGUGUUCCUGAAUGAGGGCAGAAAAGAUGUGGGAUCAAGGAGGACAGCCUUGGCAACAGUGGCCCUUGAACCAGCAACAAUGGAUGCAGUCAUUCCAGCACCAGCAGGAUCCAAGUCAGAUUGACUGGGCUGCAUUGGCUCAAGCUUGGAUUGCCCAGAGAGAGGCUUCAGGACAGCAAAGCAUAGUGGAACAACCUCCAGGAAUGAUGCCCAAUGGACAAGAGAUGUCUACAAUGGAAUCUGGUCCUAACAAUCAUGGGAAUUUUCAAGGAGAUUCAAACUUUAAUAGGAUGUGGCAACCAGAAUGGGGAAUGCAUCAGCAGCCCCCACACCCCCCUCCAGAUCAGCCAUGGAUGCCACCAACACCAGGCCCAGUGGACAUUGUACCUCCUUCUGAAGACAGCAACAGUCAGGACAGUGGGGAAUUUGCCCCUGACAACAGGCAUAUAUUUAACCAGAACAAUCACAACUUUGGUGGACCACCCGAUAAUUUUGCAGUGGGGCCAGUGAACCAGUUUGACUAUCAGCAUGGGGCUGCUUUUGGUCCACCGCAAGGUGGAUUUCAUCCUCCUUAUUGACAACCAGGAACUCCAGGACCUCCAGCACCUCCCCAGAACCGAAGAGAAAGGCCAUCAUCAUUCAGGGAUUGGCAGCGGUCACCUAUUGCACUUCCUGUGAAGCAGGAGCCUCCACAAAUUGAUGCAGUAAAACGCAGGACUCUUCCAGCUUGGAUUUGUGAAGGUCUUGAAAAAAUGGAAUGUGAAAAGCAAAAGAAAUUAGAAAAAGAAAGGAUGGAACAGCAACGUUCACAGUUAUCGAAAAAAGAAAAGAAGGCCACAGAAGAUGCUCAUGGAGGUGAUGGCCCUCGUUUACCUCAGAGGAGUAAAUUUGACAGCGAUGAGGAAGAUGAAGACCCUGAAAACACUGAGGCUGCGAGCAGUGGAAAAGUCACCAGAAGUCCAUCUCCAGUUCAAGAAGAGCAGAGUGAGCCAGAGAUGACGGAAGAAGAAAAAGAGUAUCAAAUGAUGUUGCUGACAAAGAUGCUUUUGACUGAAAUUCUUCUGGAUGUCACAGAUGAAGAAAUUUAUUACAUAGCCAAAGACACACAUCGUAAAGCAACGAAAGCUCCUGCAAAACAGCUGGCACAGUCCAGUGCACUGGCUUCCCUCACUGGACUCGGUGGCCUGGGCGGUUAUGGAUCCGGAGACAGUGAAGAUGAGCGGAGCGACAGAGGCUCUGAGUCCUCUGACACUGAUGAUGAGGAGUUACGGCACCGCAUCCGGCAAAAACAGGAGGCUUUUUGGAGAAAAGAGAAAGAGCAGCAGCUACUGCACGAUAAACAGAUAGAAGAAGAAAAACAACAGACAGAAAGGGUUACAAAAGAAAUGAAUGAAUUUAUACACAAAGAGCAAAAUAGCUUAUCACAUCUAGAAGCAAGAGAAGCAGAUGGUGAUGUGGUUAAUGAAAAGAAAAGAACUACAAAUGAAACGACAUCUGUUUUAGAACCCAAAAAAGACCAUAAAGAAAAAGAGAAACAAGGAAGGAGUAGAUCAGGAAGUUCUAGCAGUAGAUCCAGUAGCAACAGCAGAACUAGUAGUACCAGCAGUACUGUCUCUGGUUCUUCUUACAGUUCUAGCUCAGGCAGUAGUCACACUUCUUCUCGAUCUUCUUCUCCUAAAAGAAAAAAGAGACAUAGUAGGAGUAGAUCUCCUGCAAUUAAAGCUAGACGUAGCCAGAGUCGAAGCUACUCUCACAGAAUUAAAAUAGAGAGCAAUAGGGCUAGGGUGAAGAUUAGAGACAGGAGGAGAUCUAAUAGAAAUAGCAUUGAAAGAGAAAGACGACGAAAUCGGAGUCCUUCCCGAGAGAGACGUAGAAGUAGAAGUCGCCCGAGGGAUAGACGAACCAAUCGUUCCAGUCGCAGUAGGAGUCGAGAUAGACGUAAAAUUGAGGAUCAACGUGGAAAUCUUAGUGGGAGCAGUCAUAAGCAUAAAGGUGAGGCUAAAGAACAAGAGAGGAAAAAGGAGAGGAGUCGAAGUAUAGAUAAAGACAGGAAAAAGAAAGAGAAAGAAAGGGAGCGUGAACAGGAUAAAAGAAAAGAGAAACAAAAAAGGGAAGAAAAAGAUUUUAAGUUCAGUAGUCAGGAUGAUAGAUUAAAGAGGAAAAGAGAAAGUGAAAGAACAUUCUCUAGGAGUGGUUCUAUAUCUGUUAAAAUCAUAAGACACGAUUCUAGACAAGAUAGUAAGAAAAGUACUGCCAAAGAUAGUAAAAAGCAUUCAGGCUCUGAUUCUAGUGGAAGGAGCAGUUGUGAAUCUCCAGGAAGUAGCAAAGAAAAGAAAGCUAAGAAGCCUAAACAUAGUCGAUCGCGAUCCAUGGAGAAAUCUCAAAGGUCUGAUCGACAACCCCUCCCCGUCGUAAGCACUGAGGAAUGAUGUGGCAAGCAUGCCAUGAUGUUUUAAAAAAUUCCAUGAGUUUUAAGGGCUUGUCUCAUUAUAGAGGCACAUUGUGGCUGUAGGUGAAACCAGAAUCUUUUUUUUUUUUUAAUCUGUAAAUAGGUGUACUUUUUCCAAAUGCUGCUCCAAGUUACUUAAUAGGAUUUCUUUGUAUUACACUUUUUUCAAAAAAUAGAGCAUAAUAAGACUAUAAACAUGCCAUUCUCUUUCAGCUGUAAUGUUCUUAAACUUAUUCUUGAAUGUACUGUGAUGUCAAUAAAGCUCUUUAGUUCAUUUUUGUUAAAAAAA